CAGAACGCAAGACCGGAAGCUUGAUUUACAUAUCCCUAGCGGGAGCUCACUGGAACGCAGAAUUCAGGCAGCGGGUGGAACGCAAAACCCGGAAGUGAAAGUGGUGGCUCGUCACAAUGUCGAUAUUUCCAGUUCCGGUGAUUUAAUCAACAAGAGCAGCGAAGCUUCUCUGUCCCUAUCAUUUUACCUUAUGCCACUACUGUACUGACUGGCAAUGGACGAUAAGAAAUGUAAGAAGCAGAAGGCGAAUUUCACUUUUCAGAAAACACAGGGUGAAUUUCAUAGGCUUGUGAAGAUCAAGGAGGAGGAAGAACCUACAGAUAUUAGCACAGAUUGCUCCAGUAACAGAAAUUCACCAGAAACAUGUCCGACUCCUCGCUAUUCACAGAACCGCACAGAGGAAGCUUUUCCAGCUGACAAACCUAUUAAGGAAGAAAAUCUGAAUAUUGUGAUAGUUGAUAUUGGUCCAGAGAUACAAAAACAAAAUGAAAGGACUGCGAGGAUUAAGGAGGAAGAAAUUCCGGCAGACAUCAGCCCUGUACAUCUGAACACGAGGAGAAGUUCCCUUAGAAAUCCAUACAAGAAAUGGUGGUCUCCUGCUAAAAGCAGCCGUGCAAGUGCUCAUAAGAUGGAUCUCUCAAAAAAGAAAAUUUAUUCCGAAUAUCUCAUGAAUCCACAGUUCCUGAAAGAAUUCAUAGACAUGUAUCGGUCCUUUCCGUGCCUGUGGAACAUGAAGAUCUCCGACUAUUCCAACAAACAGAAAAGACUGAAGGCCUAUGAGAGCAUGGUCAACCUCUGCCGGUCUGUGUGCCCAAGCGCCAACAUCCAGUUUGUUAAACAUAAGAUUGCCAAUUUGAGAACAGUCUUCAAGAAAGAAUUCAACAAAGUACAGGUGUCCAAAAAGACAGCUACCUCCGCCGAUGACGUGUAUGUGCCCCGGCUAUGGUAUUUUGACCUGCUUAAGUUCACAAUUGGUCAGGAUGCUCCGAAAGAGGGAUCAUCCAACUCGGGAGAGUCCCAGGAAUGCCGCCAAGAAGAUGAGCCAGUUGAUGAGACCAUGGAGAUUCUGGAGGACUCGACUAAUGUGUCUCAGGUUACUAGUAACAGCCAAUCCGAGGACAUAGACUAUGAUCCACAGGAGGACGUUCCAUUUAUAAGGAAAAGGAAGAAAGGAAAAAUGUACAAUGAUGACGACCUGAGCAAUGAGCUGCUGUCUCAAGCUGCAGCUAUUCUCUCAAAAAACAAUGACGAGUAUGAUGCCUUUGGUAUAACAGUUGCAUCAAAAUUGCGGAGGAUGGAGGAAAAACAGAGACUUGUCGCUGAGGUCCUUAUCAUGGAUGUUUUAUACAAGGGCAUGCUGAACCAACUAAGUGAAGAAUCCUACAUUGCUGAUUACCCCAUUCACUACUACUCAUCAAAUGCAAUGAGCUGACCGCCUUCCUCCAGGUUCUCUCAUACCUAUUCUCACCAAAUGGCCAGGAGAAGCUGUGACUCUGCACCAGGUUAAAAUGUCAAAUAGUUGAUGCUCCUCAUCCUAUUUAAAGGGUAACUCCACUUACUAGUUGAAUAUUUUUUUCUAUUUGCCUUACGAAAAUAUUGUGUGAUGGCUGUAGACACGAUAUAUUGGAUGUUUACUCUGCAUAUGUUUGUAGUGUUACACCAUUAUGAAAGCUUCCAGUGUGUCCCAUCUGUUAUCCCUCAGCCUUCAGUCUCCAGUUUGAAAAUCCUCUAGAUGUGAAUAUACAUAGUUUGUAGUCCGGGGUGGGAUCUCCUGAAAUGGUAACUGAACUGUACUGAUUGUGUCAUUCAUCCAAAACAUUUGUGCUGGGCAGAGGAAGCUGAAGUGGCCCAUACAGUCGGACCACAGGAUGACGAAUUUCUGCCUUUCUCACUCAAUGCAUACAUGGACUGCUGCUGUUCAAUGGCCCAGGCAAAUAUCCUUGAGAUUUAUAUAUUGCAGAUUUUAUCAUUUCUGG